AUGCCGGGCUCCUUUCAAAUUAUUUUGGCAGGUGUGUUGGCUGUUCAGCAGUUAUUGGGAAGAAGAAUGAGGGAAACAGAGACCAAACUCUCACUUCCUUCUGUAGUUCUGUGGCCUGCGCUGUCCCAUGUGUUACAAGCCAGAUCGGAAGGACUGAGACUGGCAUCUGAAUCUGGAAGUAGAAAACAAAGCAUAAAGAAAAAUCAGGAAAGAAACCAGAAUGGUGAAUGUCUGAAGCCUCUUGUGGGCAUCACAUCAGGUUCUCUGACUCUGAGAACACAUCAUGUUCAAGAUUCCAAAAUGGGAUUUGUGAUCAAUGCCAUCUAUUCCAUGGCCUAUGGACUCCACAACAUGCAGAUGUCACUCUGCCCUGGCUAUGCCGGACUCUGUGAUGCAAUGAAGCCAAUUGACGGACGGAAACUUUUGGAGUCCCUGAUGAAAACCAAUUUUACUGGAGUUUCUGGAGAUAUGAUCCUAUUUGAUGAGAAUGGAGACUCUCCAGGAAGGUAUGAAAUAAUGAAUUUCAAGGAAAUGGGAAAAGAUUAUUUUGAUUACAUCAAUGUUGGAAGUUGGGACAAUGGAGAAUUAAAAAUGGAUGAUGAUGAAGUGUGGUCCAAGAAAAGCAACGUCAUCAGAUCUGUGUGCAGUGAACCAUGUGAGAAAGGCCAGAUAAAGGUGAUCCGGAAGGGAGAAGUCAGCUGUUGUUGGACCUGCACACCUUGUAAAGAGAAUGAGUAUGUUUUUGAUGAGUACACCUGCAAGGCGUGCCAGCUGGGAUCCUGGCCCACUGAUGAUCUUACAGGUUGCGAUUUGAUCCCAGUACAGUAUCUUCGAUGGGGUGACCCGGAGCCCAUUGCAGCUGUGGUGUUUGCCUGCCUUGGCCUGCUGGCCACCCUGUUUGUUACUGCAGUCUUCAUCAUUUACCGCGAUACUCCAGUAGUCAAGUCCUCCAGCAGGGAACUCUGCUACAUCAUCCUCGCUGGCAUCUGCCUGGGAUACUUAUGUACCUUCUGCCUCAUUGCAAAGCCCAAGCAGAUUUAUUGUUACCUUCAGAGAAUUGGCAUUGGUCUCUCUCCAGCCAUGAGCUACUCAGCCCUCGUAACAAAGACCAAUCGUAUUGCAAGGAUCCUGGCCGGCAGCAAGAAAAAGAUCUGUACCAAAAAACCCAGAUUCAUGAGUGCCUGUGCCCAGCUAGUGAUUGCUUUCAUUCUCAUAUGCAUCCAGUUGGGCAUCAUAGUUGCCCUCUUUAUAAUGGAGCCUCCUGAUAUAAUGCAUGACUACCCAAGCAUUCGGGAAGUCUACCUGAUCUGUAAUACCACCAACCUAGGAGUUGUCACACCUCUUGGAUACAAUGGAUUGUUAAUUUUGAGCUGCACCUUCUAUGCGUUCAAGACCAGAAAUGUUCCAGCUAACUUCAAUGAGGCCAAGUAUAUUGCCUUCACAAUGUAUACCACCUGCAUUAUAUGGCUGGCCUUUGUGCCAAUCUACUUUGGCAGCAACUACAAAAUCAUCACCAUGUGUUUUUCGGUCAGCCUCAGUGCCACAGUGGCCCUUGGCUGCAUGUUUGUGCCAAAGGUGUACAUCAUUCUGGCCAAACCAGAGAGAAAUGUGCGCAGCGCCUUCACCACCUCAACUGUGGUACGCAUGCACGUAGGGGAUGGCAAGUCGUCCUCCGCAGCCAGCAGAUCCAGCAGCCUCGUCAACCUGUGGAAGCGGAGGGGCUCCUCUGGGGAAACCCUAAGGUACAAAGACAGGAGACUGGCCCAGCACAAGUCGGAAAUAGAGUGUUUCACCCCCAAAGGGAGUAUGGGGAAUGGUGGGAGAGCCACAAUGAGCAGCUCUAACGGAAAAUCCGUCACGUGGGCCCAGAAUGAGAAGAGCACCCGGGGGCAGCACCUGUGGCAGCGGCUGUCCGUCCACAUCAACAAGAAAGAGAACCCCAACCAAACGGCGGUCAUCAAGCCCUUCCCCAAGAGCGCCGAGACAUCGCUGCACUCGGAGCCCGCGGCGCGCAGCAGCUCGUCGCAGGGCUCGCUCAUGGAGCAGAUCAGCAGCGUGGUGACCCGCUUCACGGCCAACAUCAGCGAGCUCAACUCCAUGAUGCUGUCCACCGCGGCCCCGGGGCCCGGCGCGGGCGCCCCGCUCUGCUCGUCCUACCUGAUCCCCAAAGAGAUCCAGCUGCCCACGACGAUGACGACGUUCGCCGAGAUCCAGCCCCUGCCGGCCAUCGAGGUCACGGGCGGUGGCGCGCAGCCCGCAGCGGGGGCCCCGGCGGCUGGGGGCACUGCCCGGGAGACCCCCGCGGCCGGGCCGGAGGCUGCGGCCGGCAAGCCAGACCUGGAGGAGCUGGUGGCCCUCACGCCGCCGUCCCCCUUCAGAGACUCGGUGGACUCGGGGAGUACCACCCCCAACUCACCAGUGUCCGAGUCGGCCCUCUGUAUCCCGUCGUCUCCCAAAUAUGACACUCUUAUCAUAAGAGAUUACUCUCAGAGCUCCUCGUCGUUGUGAAAGCCACUGGAAGCCACGCUGGGUUCCGCGUGCAGAGCCGAGACCUCCGGUGUUCACACAGACGCAGUGACACGCAGUCACCUGCUUAAGACCGAGGUGGAAGAAGCCAAGUACACCCUGUUAUGGAAACAUGAGAUGAAUCGUGCUAUUUCGCAACAACCGACGAAGACACCAACCACGAGUUUUUCGGCAGAUUUUCUUCUAGUGGCCUUAGAAAACAUGGGCUUUUAAGAACCACUGCUUAUAUUUUUGAGGGCUGACACGGAGUCUGUUCAAAGUUACAUACCAAGUGCUUUGCGCUAGGGAAGGAGUGAGUGUGAAACAGCAUCAUGGAGGGUGAAAAGCAUAGUUAAUAAGCAACUGUAAAAAGUUUUAUUUGUUUACUUUCCUUCUUUUCCCAGAAGAGUCUUUGAUUCACCAACCAUGAAUGUACAUUUUCUAACAAACUCAAAAUCUGGGACUGAAACUCCAACAUCUCUCUCUCUCUCUUUCCUUUAAAGACCUUGAAAAGCAGGAACUUGGGCCCAGUAUUUACAUUGUUGUGAGUGCGACCCAUGCAUAACACACGACUGGAUGGUGAGUGCUGCACUGUUGUACUGUGUAGGGCUUCUACCAGAGACUUUCCUCUACAAUUUGGUUGUGAAAUACUCUUCCAAAAGCCUGCAUCGGGGAUUCCACCUAGUUAUUUCAGAUUCACCUCCAUUAACCAAGAAAACCAGUGGAAGAUUUCUUGACUAUUUCACCAUGUUGCCAAUCAAUACUGGAGUAGCAAAAAAAUAUUUUCUGGAAUACUGUUUUGUAAUUCCCUCACUGGGGUGCAAUUGUGUAGCUGGAAAUUCUCUUUAUAAUAAUAAUUCUUGAGCUCCAGCUGGCUAUCUCUUUCAUGAAACACAGCCACUCCUCCUUAUGAAUGCUGUUCCGUUAGCAUUGCCAGCUAAAAUACUAAAAUACGCAUUGGGGCUUCUUCAUUCCUUUCUUUUGAGAACCUGAUGCACAAAAAGCUCCUCUAUUCUUUUUGAGUUCCACCACUUGGAAGAGUGGUCCAUAGACCCAAUGAAGACAUUGUCAUGAUUCUAGGGACUGUUGUUGAAAGAAUUAACACAAUCUUAAUACACUGAAAAUUUCAAACUGUGUCAAGUCAGCUUAGUGGAGAGAUAACUGUGCCAAUGAGCAAUGAUUUUUAACUAUUCUUGGCUGCUUAAUCAGGGCAGCUAUGAACUAUGACAAACAUAGAUUUUUCAAAGCAAUACAGAAUACUAAAACAGAGGAACCUUAAUAAAUAUCAACCAUACAAUCUUUCUCAGCCAUUCCAAAAAGAGGCAAAGCAAUUAUUAAUAUUUUCUUUUAGAAAUAACUAUUAACAUGAUUUUGUGCACUUCAUACUGUCACUUUUUAAAAACUGCAGAAAAGAAAUCUAGAGCUAUAAUGGAAACACACGUGCUUUGAUAUUCUCAAAUAGGUAAAAUUCAUAGUUUAAGACCUGCAUCCACUGUCAUCUCUUCCUCCCAUUGCAGCAGCUAUCCUCAGGUACCAAAUGUUUUGAUUUUUCAGUAAGGAUAGUAAUACAAGGAGGAGGUGUCCUAUACAUUUAAAUUUCAGUUGACCUAGCCUUAUACUAAAGAUAGCCUUAUGAAAAAGAUUUGCUGGGAGGCAGAAGUAUAUUUUUAGCAGAGAGAAAAAUAAAUUAAACUCUUUAGCUCAAUAUUCUUCUUUUGGUAACUAUUUUUUAUUUCACAUCUACUUAUAAGAAAAAUGAGAAAUGAAAGUCUGCACGUCUACCAGUUAUAAUAAACAUACUACUUGUUGACUUUUCUUUCUGAUAUCUGUUCUUAUUUGAAAUUUUAAGUCAAAGCUCCCAAUAUAAAGUAUUAAAAACUAACAUUACUUUAAUAAAAUAUUAAUUUUUAAAAGAUCAAACCUCUCAUGACAGAUUUGAAAAUAACAGCUUAAGAGCACCCUGAUCCCAAAUAUUAUAAUGAGGCUCUUGAAGCAUAAGUGGAAUCUACCUAAGUUUCAUGGUUACAUUAAAAGCAAAUGUCUGCCUCUACCAAAAACCAAAUGUAAAUAUUUUGACAUAUUAAUACCCCCUGAAUCCUCAUCAAAAGGGUAGCAUUCACCUAGAGAUUACUAUCUGGAUUUCUUAAGCGUUGAAACUUUUCUAGAUAUAUUCUCUCUAUGUUUUAAAAGUUAUUUCAUGAAAUCCUUAUAUUGAUUUUAAUUUUAUUCUCAAGUUCAAUAAAUUUCACUCUAUUGAUCAAUAAAAGAACAUUUUUAAACUGUCUCCAUGACCAAAUUCAUUUUCUAAUUUUUUAGUAACAUAUCUCUUCAAAAAGUACACUACCUUAUAAGAAACUUCAUUAGAAAUUAAAAUUUAAUGCAAGUAAAUUGCCAUCUGAUAAUUCCACAUAUCAUAAACUGUAAUAAUAAAAAGAAUUUACCCAAUUAGAAGAGAACAAGAUAUAUUUUUUCUGUGUAUUUCUGUAUAACUUUUGCCAUUUCAUUGAAUACAUUGUAUAUUGGACAUAAGAUUACUAGCAGUGCAUUCUUGAGAUCUUUUAUUUUGGAAUGAUGCUAACUCUGUCUCUUUGCCAAUUCUAACACCAGGUUCCAAUAAUAACUCUAUAAUACAAAGAGAACUGAAUAUUCAUUCUAGGGCUAGGAUAUGAACCUCACAAUUCAUUUGGGUACCGAUUUUCAUUGAAUUUCAUUGAAAACAAUCUGCUCCUGGUGCCCAAUAUUAAUUCAGUUGGGACCAGUAUGACUAAAAGGAAGGGGAAAUGCUAAGGCUCAGUGAAGUGACCCUAAAGGUGAGACUGCCCCAGGAUGAAAACCUGGUUUGAUCAAAUUCUACUGGCUUAGCAGUCUACUCGUCCUUCUUUUCUGGGAGAGGAGUGGAGGCGGCCUGCAGAUAUAUCUGGACUGGGGAGAACUGCCUUUCUGGGCUAGGAGUGGAGAACAGAAAGGGAGUAUAGAAAGAAAAAAAUAUAAGAGAUUUAAUUGAAGCAAGAGAAAAAAGCAAAUCCCCCAAUGUGCUAAUCCUUGAAAGAACCAGUCUUUCCCAAACUACUGCUGCUACCAGCAAGUAAUCAGGAAGACUAGGAGCUAUUUCUGACUGUAAAUGAAUUGUAUAAUGACUCUGCUGCAGUUCUGUGACUUCCAAACCAGGAAUUAAACACUCUUUUUAAAAAAAAGAAAAAAGAAAAAAAAAACAUUUCCUAUGCUAGUCUCCCAGCAAAAUGUACAUGUUUCGGAGACUUCAAAGGUAUUAUCUGAGUUCACAUUUAGCAACAGCUUAUUAAUAACCCUUAAGCUGUAAGAAUCUCUAUAGUUACCAUUUACAAUUUUAUACUGUGAAAAAAUACAGAUCAGUGAAAGCAUAAAGAUAAAUCAGAAUUCACUUUGAAUAGGUUUUGAGGCCUGGAAAAUUCUCUACUGUCUAUUGAAGAAUGAGGCAUGUAUAAAAUAGUUGGCUAAUUUCACUGAUCUUCCCAAUGUGAACAAAUAUACUAUGUAUAUUGUGUGUAUUUCUAGAAAUCAAUGGCAGCUGCUGAUGGUGUUGUAAUUAGAAAUCUAUAUAGAAUAUAGAUGUUUUAGAAAGAUGGUGCCAAUCCUAAAAGAUUUGUGUGGGCUACAAGUGCUUGUACUUACUUUUUUCUGCACUUAUAACUGAUUUGGUUUUAAAAUUGUGUGCGUGUAUCUGUUCUUUUUCUGUUGUUGCAGCUUGUACUAUUAAAAUAAUCGAGAAUGUUAAAUUAUUUUGAUGUGAAUUGCAAAUGAUUUUUUUCAUAAAGUUUAACAUUUUUAUCACCAUUGUUUCGCUUUGUACUUGUAUAAAUGUUUUAUUUUAGCAUUUUAAAAUACACUUGCCUGUUUCUCAGUUGUCUAAAUCAUGCUAUAGUUGGUGUUUGUGAAGCCAGUAACUUUUUGAAAAACAUUAAAAAAGACUAUGAUAUGACUUUAA